AUUUCUGUUGGUGGCAAGAAAAUGUUUCCUGUGGAUGAAUUGGCUACGCAACGCUCACCGUAUACUGACUUGAGAUACGAGCUUCCAAUCGAGUAUAAACUAAAGACCGAGUACACGAGUAGCAACAUGACCUUGGCCGAUCAGAUGUGGGAAAGCCUCGAUGUCGAUUCUGUUCUAAUAGCUGUCACCCCAGAGUGGGCAGAGAACAAGGGACUUCCUGAUAGCAAACCUUUCUUAUGGGAUAAAACUAAAAGGGUAUAUUAUAUUAAGGUCUUUCAUCAACUUCACUGUCUUAAAGCAAUUCGGAAGACACUGCAUGACUUUAUAUCUACCAAUAGCACUCUUGUGCCGCUAAAUCACGUCGAACAUUGUCUCGAUAUACUACGGCAAGACCUCAUGUGUAAAGCCGAUGAUACACCUAUGAUUGCGACGCAUGAUGGUGCUGGCUCCAACCAGACUAUGCAGUGCAAAGAUCUAUCAAAACUAAGAGCCUGGGUACAGGCUCCAGCACAACAUUCUUGCUAUCGCCAUCUCGAUAAUUAUGUAAACCUAUCUCACCCGGAUGAGCGAUACGCGUUCUGUCCGGAAGAUAGCCCGUAUUAUCCCGCAAUGCAAGAAUGGUUUAAGAAACAUGGUCAUCAUGAUCCAUUCCAGGAGUAACCUUUAGGAUAGAUCUCAC